GAUGUCAUGUGAUCCCACCUCUCCUCGCCUCCCUACCCUUUGCUCCUCUCACCAAACAUGUGACUGAAGCCCCUUCCAAAACUGUGAUGGAGACCAAAGAAAAGCUACAGUUCCACAAGCGCUUCCUACCUCUCCCCAUUUCUCCCUUCUUCUUCCUCCCUCGAUUCUUACUGGCCACUCUCUCACUAUCCACAUUGAACCCCACCAGCUUUCUCAGUGAUCUCUCACAAACUCCUCCCUCUCUUCCUCUGAGUCCGCCUUCUGUAGCAAGCAGUGCUCAGACAGUGAUACUGACUGUCGCUGAAACACAAUAAACAAAAGGUUUCAGGCUUCUUGUUUGGCCCCACAACCACAGCGUUUUGCUGUCUCUCUCAUCCAUUCAUUCACGCGUUCAAUUAAAGCAAGUUAAUACGACGAACUCUCUCUCUCUCUCUCUGAGUAUAUUUAACAAAUUUCUCGUUCCCUUCAGUUCUCCCUCAUGAGUCUCUUCUCCAUGUCUGCUGUCGUCGCCCUUCCGUAACUGUAAGCACCAUGACCCAUCUGAGUCAGAUCAAAAGGGAAUUGGCUUCGCCGCCCAAAUGAUGAGGGAGAGAGGAGAGGAGGGAAGAGGGAGAUUGGAGGAAGAUAGACAUUUUGUGUUAUUUUUGUUCAGCGCACUUUUUAAUUCCUCUUACUUUUCCAUGUUGUUGGUUAAGCUUUCUACACGAUCAUUUUAGGUGGGUGCCGGGAUUACUUCUCUUAGAGGAGUCUGAGAGAGAGAGAGAGAGACGGGGGGUGUUGUUUUCGGCCUUCUUGGGGAGAGAGUCUCCUCUGUCCCUCUCUCAUUUCUCUUCUUCUCGGGGACUUAUGGCUACCAAUGGUCGGCUUAUUGCUGGCUCUCACAACAGAAACGAGUUCAUACUGAUCAAUGCCGAAGAACUAAACAAGCCAAAGACGAAAGAAUUAAGUGGGCAGAUCUGCCAGAUUUGUGGAGAUGGGAUCGAAAUAACAGUUGACGGAGAGCCUUUUGUGGCCUGUAAUGAAUGUGCCUUCCCUGUCUGUAGAACUUGCUAUGAAUAUGAAAGGAGGGAGGGUACUCAGGCAUGUCCACAGUGCAGAACUAGAUAUAAAAGGCAUAAAGGUAGUCCUAGAGUCGAUGGUGAUGAAGAAGAAGAUGAUUUCGAUGACUUGGAGAAUGAAUUUAGCUUUGGCGGUCAUAGGAACCAAAAUGAUUCUCGGCAAAUUGCUGAGUCAAUGUUGCAUGGCAGGCUCAAUGUUGGUCGUAGUGAUGCAGGGGACACAUUUGGAUCUCAUGGCGCAUCUGACAUUCCACUCCUUACAUACCGAGGAGAGGAUGCUGGAGUUCCUGAUGAUAGUCAUGCACUUAUUGUACCUCCAUUUGCCGGGGGAAGCAGCAACCGUGUUCAUCCUGUAUCAUUUCCAGAUCAAUCUGUGUCAUCUGGGCCACCUAGGCCUUUGGAUCCUAACAAAGAUUUGGCAGUGUAUGGUUAUGGAAGUGUCACAUGGAAGGAUCGAAUGGAGGAGUGGAAGAAGAGGCAGAAUAAAUUGCAGAUGGUUAGACAUGAGAAUGCAAAUCCUGAUGGUGAUGAGCCAGAUGAUCUUGAUUUGCCCACAAAUGAUGAAGGAAGGCAACCAUUAUCCAGGAAGGUCCCCAUUCCUUCAAGCAAAAUAAAUCCAUACAGAAUGAUCAUUGUACUGCGGCUUGUAGUCCUUGGCUUUUUUUUCCAUUACAGAAUUCGUCAUCCUGUUCCAAAUGCAUACGGACUGUGGCUUACUUCUGUUAUUUGUGAGAUAUGGUUUGCUCUAUCAUGGAUUCUUGAUCAAUUUCCUAAAUGGUCUCCUAUUGAGCGAGAAACGUACCUAGAUCGACUGUCAUUGAGGUAUGAAAGAGAGGGGAAGCCAUCAGAGCUUGCUGAUAUUGACAUUUUUGUCAGUACAGUGGAUCCUAUGAAGGAACCUCCAUUGAUUACUGCAAACACAGUGUUGUCUAUUCUUGCAGUGGACUAUCCAGUUGAAAAAGUUGCUUGCUAUGUCUCAGAUGAUGGUGCUGCCAUGCUGACAUUUGAAGCACUCUCAGAAACAUCUGAGUUUGCUAGAAAAUGGGUCCCAUUCUGCAAAAAAUACAGCAUUGAACCUAGGGCUCCUGAAUGGUACUUUGCACAGAAAAUUGAUUAUCUUAAGGAUAAGGUUCAUCCAGAUUUUAUUAGAGAGCGACGAGCUAUGAAGAGAGAAUAUGAAGAGUUCAAAGUUCGGAUCAAUGCCUUAGUUGCACAAGCUCAGAAAGUCCCGGAGGAUGGUUGGACCAUGCAAGAUGGAACUCCUUGGCCUGGAAAUAAUGUACGCGAUCAUCCAGGAAUGAUACAGGUUUUCCUUGGCCCUAAUGGUGUGGUUGAUGUGGAAGGAAAUGAGCUACCUCGUUUGGUGUAUGUCUCGCGUGAAAAAAGACCUGGAUUUGAUCAUCACAAAAAAGCUGGUGCUAUGAAUGCUUUAGUGCGAGUGUCGGCUGUUCUCUCCAAUGCACCAUUUCUUCUUAAUGUUGACUGUGAUCACUACAUCAAUAACAGCAAAGCUCUCAGAGAAGCCAUGUGCUUCAUGAUGGAUCCUAUAUCUGGGCAAAAAGUGUGUUAUGUUCAAUUUCCUCAGAGAUUUGAUGGGAUAGAUCGACAUGACAGAUAUGCAAACAGAAAUAUUGUUUUCUUUGAUGUCAACAUGAAAGGGUUGGAUGGCAUUCAAGGACCAAUUUAUGUAGGAACAGGAUGUGUCUUCAGAAGGCGUGCUCUUUAUGGAUAUGAUGCUCCUGUCAGGGAGAAACCCCCAAGAAAGUCUUGCAACUGUUGGCCCAGGUGGUGCUGCUUAUGCUGUGGGUCAAAGCGUAAGAAGGGAAUAGGAAAGACCAAGGUGAACAAAAAGACCAAAUCGAAGGAGACUUCUUCACAGAUAUAUGCCUUAAAUGAUGCUGGAGAGGGGCUUCAAGAAACCAAGGGGGAAAAAGAUCUCCUGCAACCCCUGAGGAAACUUGAGAAAAAGUUUGGCCAAUCUCCUGUUUUCGUGGCAGCCACUCUCAAGGAGAAUGGUGGAAUAGUUCAUGCUGCUGAAGCGUCACUCUUGAAUGAAGCUAUUCAUGUUAUAAGUUGUGGCUAUGAAGAUAAAACAGAAUGGGGAAAGGAGGUCGGCUGGAUAUAUGGCUCUGUGACGGAGGAUAUACUGACAGGAUUCAAGAUGCAUUGCCAUGGUUGGCGCUCUGUUUACUGCAUACCCAAAAGGCCAGCAUUCAAAGGAUCUGCACCCAUCAACCUCUCUGACCGCCUUCACCAGGUCCUUCGAUGGGCACUUGGGUCAGUGGAGAUCUUCUUAAGCAAGCACUGCCCUAUCUGGUAUGGUUAUGGGGGUGGUUUGAAAUGGUUGGAGAGGCUUUCUUACAUCAAUUCUGUCGUAUAUCCAUGGACAUCUUUGCCACUCAUUGCCUACUGUACAUUACCGGCUAUUUGCCUUCUCACUGGAAAAUUUAUCAUCCCUGAGGUUAGCAACUAUGGAAGCAUAAUUUUCAUCUCACUCUUUUUGUGCAUCAUAGCAACUGGUGUGCUUGAGAUGCAGUGGGGCAGGAUCGGAAUUGAUGAUUGGUGGAGAAAUGAACAGUUCUGGGUGAUAGGUGGCGUCUCAUCCCACCUCUUUGCUCUUUUCCAGGGCCUGCUGAAGGUGCUUGCCGGAGUUGACACCAGUUUCACAGUCACUUCAAAAGGUGGAGAUGAUGGAGAGUUUGCAGAGCUCUAUGUAUUCAAAUGGACAUCGAUGUUAAUUCCUCCUUUGACAUUGCUGAUCAUCAACAUAAUUGGGACUGUGUCGGGGAUAUCUAGCGCAAUCAACAACGGCUAUGACUCAUGGGGUCCACUGUUUGGGAAGUUCUUCUUUGCCUUCUGGGUCAUUGUCCACCUCUAUCCUUUCCUGAAGGGUUUGAUGGGGAAGCAGAACAGAACACCAACCAUUGUGGUAGUCUGGUCUAUUCUUUUGGCUUCAAUUUUCUCACUUGUGUGGGUGCGGAUCAAUCCGUUUCUGAGCAGAUCAACAGGGCCUGUGUUAGAAAUUUGUGGAUUGGACUGUGAAAAUAACUAAACUGGAUUGCCAUUAGAUGAUCUUGGUUGUGUAGCAUGUGGAAGCUUGCUGAAAGAGACAACUGCUUUGGCGAUUUUUGAUAAAAAAGCUUAUUUGGUUCAUCAAUGGUCGCUUUCGGUGUGGAAGCCAUCAAGCCCUGUGUAGAUAAGAAGCAUGGAACACUGAUCAAGUCUCAUAUUCAUUCUGUGUUUAUUCAUUCUUUUCAUAGUGUUCAAAUAUUGUAUACUUUGGCUUUAUUUUUCUCAUUUUUUUCUCGCUUCGGCUAAUGGUGGCUUCAGGGGCCUGUGUAAUUCAAUGGUCUGAACUUAGAGCAGCUUGUGUCAGAAAUGUAUCAUUUUUCUCCCUUGUUGAAAAGGGCAGGUUACCUUAA